AAUUCAAAAAGGGUUAUCCUUCAGGCAGAGGAAAAAUGACUCUCCCGGAACUGAGCGUCUACGAAGGUUACUUUGGCAAUGGCUACUUCCACGGCGAGGGAGUUUUUAAUCUUGUAUACACCCCAAUGAUAUACAAAGGAAAUUGGGUGAGCGGUAAGAAACAUGGUCAUGGAUGGCUGAUGUACGAAGCUGAUGAUUGGUAUGAAGGAGAAUGGGUUGAUGACCGCAGAUCUGGUUUGGGAUUCAGACAUUAUAAGUCUGGUGAAAAGUAUGAAGGAACUUGGUCAGCAAACAAAAAAGAAGGAAACGGAAAAAUGAUUUGGAACAAUAACGACUACUAUACUGGGGAAUGGUCAGAAAACCAACCACACGGUUACGGAGAGUAUUUCUGGGAAGUUAUCCACAAUAUAUCGUUUUGUUUUCCUUCAUACAACUGGUACAAAGGUUCGUGGGAGAAUGGUGUCAGGAACGGGAUAGGUAUGAAUUUGGGCUUUUAUUUGAGUCAAACAAAAAUAAAAGGCAUUACAACGGAGUCCAAACAUACUAUCCAGUAUCCAUGCUUGUCUUCGGCCAACGGACCCAUCUUACUUAGUCUCGAACUGCUUUUGCCGAAGCCUCCAAAUCGACCAGAAAGUCGGGAUUCCAGUCCGAAAGAACAUGUUCGCAUGAGGAAUAUGAAGAUACUGACCCAAGUUAUGAACCGCAAAUACAAAGUGAUUUUAACGAUUUGGUACGUGAUUUGA